CUGGGACAAUCUCCACGCGCUGCUGCAGCUGGGCGAGCAGCACGUCGUAGCACCGCGGCCAGCACGCUCUGCUCUCGCCUCUGCCUCCAUUGUCAGUCGCAGGUGAGAUGUUCCGUGGCCAAUAAUGAUGCGGUGCCCUGCAUGACGCUGUUGCCCUCGAGGCUGCACGUCCACCUCACAGCUCCAGCUCCAGUACUUCCAGCUCACUUCCCGCGCACUCACGACCCCAACACUCGCACCGCCCGCGUCACCGUGUUUGGUUUGCGCGCAUGGGCCACUGCGUCUGGACUCUGCUUGCAUUUGCGUCAGCUACCCAUACUUAGCAUCGCAUUCUCCCACAUCUUUCGCGCGAGGGAGCAGCCAUGGACGACUUCGACGAUGGCGACUACCUGGACAUGGACAACGAUUGGAUAUAUGUCGAAGACGAGUACGACUUGGCAGACGAGUUAGCAGAGAACGCAAUCCCCGAUCCUGGAUACAUGGGCACUUCAGCUGAGAUCGCGAUGGAGAGCUACGAAUUCGACUUUUAUGGCUACCAAGAAGACCUCGAAUAUGGCGAAGAUCCAUACUGGGACGCCGCGGAUCCCAGAGCUGCACAUGUCCGUCCGGGCAAGGUCGCGAAAGCCACCCGAACAGGCGCUAAGCGCAAGCGGAAUAACGAAUCGACACCCUCCAGCAAGAGACAAAAACUUGCACCGAUUGCCCGCGAGGCCCAGCCUGUAAUUUUUCGCAGCAGAUCUGCGCGGCAAGAUGCUCAGAGUCGUACAGCUCCCACAGUAAAGGGCGCGAAAACGUUCGCGUUAUUGCCCGAUUGGCGAGAAAGAUUUAAAGAUGCCGACGGAGUGGUAAAGAACAAGCGAAUGCCCGCUGCCAUGGCGAAGGCGGCAUAUGAGGAGGCGCCUGAUGAAAAUGGCGAAGAAGAAGCUGAAGAGGCCGAAGAAGCCCCGACAGACGCAGCUGAAAUGCAAGAGGAAGAGGAAGAAGAAGAAUGGGAAAGCGACGAGGAAGAAGGUACAGAAGGAGGCGGGAUUGACAUUGAUCCGGAUACAUUGAAAGCGAUUUUGGCACAGAGGCUAGCAGAAGCUGGUAUCACUGGGGACGAGAAGGCUUCUUUCCUGGAAUCCUUCAACGACAUGCUGUCCGGUGAAGGCAAGGGCGAAGCAGCAGCAACACUGUUGGAGAAAGCUCAGUCUGAUUCUGGUCGCAAGAGGAAAGCAGAUUCCGCGGUCGGCCUGGAGCCGGAGCAGAAGAAAGGAAGGAACGGAAAAGGCGGGGCUUGAGGAUGUACGAGAGCAUGACAGGCGGACGGUCUGCUUGUCACAGGAUCAUGUUUGUGAUAGCGUUCUAGCGGCAGGCGUUCGGUGGAUAAUAGCAUUGGCCGUAUUAGACCCUGCCUUGUAGAUGACUUGGUAGGCAGGGUGGAAUGGAAAAAAUGGCAUGGGUGGGACGACAUAUUACGUGCUCUGUUUAAAGGCUUGUUCUGGCGCGCUGGCACUCUAACGUGUCUGCGAAAUUUUAGAGUAUUUAGCCGCAAUGGACAGAAGUAAGACCACACGACUCGUUGAGUGCUGGUUUCCUGUCUUUCCUAAUGCGUGCCCAACGCUGCUACCACUGAGAAGCUCGGGAUUCUUCAUUGCAACCAGGCUGGAACAUGUCUCCUCGUGGGGACGAAAUGGUCUCCAUGCGCCUUUCAAGCCCUGUCAUUCAACAGUUUCUGACCUGCUUCGGGCUUG